AUGGCAAGCUGGUGCCGGAAAUGCAUUUACCUCAAGCCCAAGCUGGAGAAGAUAGCAGGAGAAUUCCCAGGAGUCAGGUUUUACUUUGUGGAUGUCAAUAAAGUUCCACAGGCCGUGGUAAAAAGAGGGAAUAUAAGCUUUAUUUAUUUGAAUUCUGUCAUUGCGCCCAUCUGUCUCUGCAUCUACCUUCAGAAAAUGCCCACUAUUCAGCUGUGGAAGGACGGAGAAUGGAAGGAGGAAGUGAUAGGAGGCCAUAAAGCGUGGCUGGUGAUGGAUGAGGUUAGAGAAAUGAUCCAGAAGUACAAGUGA